CCCGCCGGCGCGGCCCCGAUAUAAGCGCGGGAGCGGCCGAGCGCGGCCGGGACACCGGGACACUCGGGGACAGCGGCACCUCCGCCACACCGCCCUGUCCUUCCUCCCUUCCAUCCGCCCAACUAUCCACCCAACCAUCGGCCAUCCCGCCGCUGCCCGGCCAUGGUGAACCUGCGGGUGUGCGCGCUGGAGUGCGAGGCGCUGCGGGCGCUGCUGCAGGAGCGCGGCGCGCAGUGCCUCGUCCUCGACUGCCGCUCCUUCUUCUCCUUCAACGCCGCGCACAUCCGCGGCUCCUGCAACGUCCGCCUGAGCACCAUCGUGCGGCGCCGCGCCAAGGGCGCCCUGGCUCUGGAGCACGUCGUGCCCAACGAGGAGCUCCGCGCCCGCCUGCGCCAGGGGCUCUUCCACACCGUGGUGCUGCUGGACGAGCGCAGCGCCGACCUGGAAAUGCCCAAGCGCGACAGCACCAUGCUGCUGGCGCUCGGCACCCUCUGCAGGGAGGCCCGCGGCGCCCGCAUCUGCUUCCUCAAGGGUGAGUGGCCCCGCGGGCGCCGGAGGGGACGGCAGGGCCGGGCCGGGUGGCCCCGCUCGCCCCUCGGCCGCGCGGCGCUCACCCCGCGCCCCUCUCUCCGCUCUGCCCCCGCAGGAGGUUACGAAGCCUUCGCGUCCGCCUGCUCCGAGCUCUGCACCAAGCCGGCCGCCCCCGCCGGGCUCAGCCUGCCCCUGAGCGCCAGCCCCGCGCCCGGCAGCGCCGACUCGGGCUGCAGCUCCUGCGGGACCCCGCUCUACGACCAGGGCGGGCCCGUGGAAAUCCUGCCGUUCCUGUACUUGGGAAGCGCCUAUCACGCCUCCCGCAAGGACAUGCUGGACGCUUUGGGGAUCACGGCGCUGAUCAAUGUCUCGGCCAACUGCCCUAACCACUUCGAGGGGCACUACCAGUAUAAAAGUAUCCCCGUGGAGGACAACCACAAGGCGGAUAUCAGCUCGUGGUUCAACGAGGCGAUCGAUUUCAUCGACUCGGUGAAGAACGAGGGAGGAAGGGUCUUUGUGCACUGCCAGGCUGGCAUUUCCCGCUCAGCCACCAUCUGCCUUGCUUAUCUCAUGAGGACCAACAGAGUCAAACUGGACGAAGCCUUCGAGUUUGUCAAGCAGAGGAGAAGCAUCAUCUCCCCAAAUUUCAGCUUCAUGGGGCAGCUGCUUCAGUUUGAGUCGCAGGUCCUGGCCCCCAACUGCUCAGCAGAGGCCGGGAGCCCCGCCAUGGCCGUGCUGGACAGAGGGGCAUCCACCACCACCGUCUUCAACUUCCCUGUCUCCAUCCCUGUCCACACCACGUCCAGUGCUCUAAACUACCUUCAGAGCCCCAUCACUACUUCCCCAAGCUGCUGAAAAAGCAGGUGAAGAACGUGGCCAGGACUCAGACUUGCUGUCUCAAGUGCAAUAAGGACAGGGACAGUGUCACUUGUGUUUUUGGGGAGUCGUCGGCGCGUCCCAGAACGGUGUCAAUGGAGAGGAGCUCGCCCAAUGCCAGGGAAACCAGGAGUUUCUGACUUCUCAUCAAAUGUCUGGAUGUCUGCACAGAGAUCGAAGGAUGUUGGCUCUUCCUGACCUGUCCCUCCUUGUCUUCUGUCUGUCCCAAGCCUGCUCCAUGUUUAGUAGCAUGCUCACCAGUAUUCCCACUCCUGGACACUUUGAGCAACACUGAUGCUGUCCCCUUUUAUAUGACUGUCCUAUUUAUUUAUUUUUACAUUAGUGCAUUGUUGUUGGGUUUUUUGUUUUGUUUUUUUUCCUUCACAAACGUAAAGUUUCAGUUCUAGAGAAACCAAAUACCUCAGUAUUUUUUGGUACAAUAAUCCUGUGUGUGUAUAUCUGUCAGCUCUUCUUGUUUCCCAAGCACUGACAUGAAAGCACCAGGCGAGUGCUUUUUUUUGAGUUGCCAAGGGUUGUAUGUUUGCUGAUUUAUUUAUGAUGUGAAAUAAUAUAUUUCUUCUUAUGAAGACAUAGUUUUGUUACAUGAUUAUAACUUUUUUUAUACCAAAUGGAAUAAAUUAUGAUAUUUCUAUUCA